AGUCAUAUCCGAGUCCCGACCAACUCAGCUUCCAAUACCAUUUCUUUUAAAGCUGAAACAGACCCAUUGCCCAAACAAAGGUACCAGAGAACAUCCGAUGGAAUUCCCAGAACAAGACGUAGAUGUCUUCGGAGAUGACCGCGAAGAUGACGAUCAAAACCGCCACGUCCGACCAGAUGGGGCGUAUUCUUCGUCACCAUCGUCAUCUUCGUCCUCCGCCGCCUCUUCACAUUCGUCGUCUUCAUCAUCCGCAUCUUCAUCCAACGGCGGAGAUUCCAGUAGCGCCAGUGGGAGCGCGAGCAGUGGAGGUGGAGGAGGAGGGGAAGAAGAAGACGAAGCGGAAGAGAAUGGUGAAGAGGUGGAGAAUAACAACGGAGGGUAUCAUGGGUACGAAGACGAAAGGGAUCUCUUUGGGUCUGAUAACGAGGAUUACUGUAAAACCCUUGCUACUAGUCCCUACAAGAUUCCAGUAUUGCCUCCUAUACGCAACACUAAUAGCCAGGGUAGGGGAAGUUUCGGGCGUGGUCGUUGGCAGAAUGAUAGAGGUGGAGCAGGCCUCCUUCCCCGACCUGGACCUUAUCCUCAGAGACAGAAUUUUGGAUAUGGUCCAAAGUAUCUGAAUGGCCGUCAUGAUGAACGUUUUGUCUCUGAACUAAGGCUUUCAAAGAGUGAAGAAACAUUAUCGAGAAAAUGCAUCGCUUUUCAGGAGCCGUGCGAACUUGCUUGCUAUAGUCGUGUAGAAGAUGGAGUGGUCUACUUUGAUGAACGAAGCUUGAGGCUUUUUAAGCGUCUUAUUACUGAAGAUGUUGGAGCUGAUCUUAGUCAAGGUUUUGAUACCUUUAUUGAGAAAAAAGACUUGGGCUCUCAGAGUUUUGGUGAUCUUCUUGCUUGCAUAAGAGCCAAAAACAUUCCACUUCAACACAUGCAUUUUGUGACUUUCCGUAACAACCUUAGUAAGAUAUUAGCUACUGCUUAUAUUCGACAUGAGCCUUGGGAAAUGGGUGUGCACAAGAAGAAGGGGGUUGUCUAUCUUGAUGUGCAUAAGCUUCCAGAAAGGCCACAAAGUGAAUUGGAUCGUCGAAGAUGUUAUUGGGGAUAUUGUUUUGAGAGCCUCGCCACUGAAAAUCCAAGAAGAGUUGAUGGGGAAGGGAUACAGAAUGUUGAUGCCAAUGUAGAAUAUUGUUCUGUGAUUAAAACAAAAUUAGGGGCUCAUCGUAUUUUGAUGGGUGCUGAAAUGGAUUGCUGUGAUUCAACUGAUGAGGGAAGGAGGUUCUAUGUAGAGCUAAAAACAAGCCGCAAGUUGGAUUAUCAUACUGAGGAAAGAUAUGAAAGGGAGAAACUGCUGAAGUUCUGGAUUCAAUCUUUCCUAGCAGGCGUUCCUUAUAUUGUUAUUGGGUUUCGGGAUGAUGCGGGCCGACUUGUUCGAACGGAGAGGCUAAGAACCAAAGACAUAACACAAAGGGUAAAAAUGAAGAACUAUUGGCAGGGGGGAGUCUGUCUGGCAUUUGCUGACGAGGUGUUAUGCUGGCUUUAUGGAACAGUCAAAGAGAAUGAAGAUUACAUAUUGCAGUUUGCGCCGCCUUUCACCCGAUUAGAGCUUCUGCAAGCCCAAUCUUGCCCAGAUGUAAUUACGAACCAUGCAGAGCAAUUGUAAACAAUAUGUAUUACCACACAUACAGACAGGAAGGAGGUGCGGCUAAGUUCUUAACUUAAAUUCAUGCCUCCAAUAUUUUUGCAAUUUUGAGGAAGAACAAAAGAAAAAAUGAAUUAGAUUGCCUGCAAAGGUAAACACCUUAAGUUAUGGCAGUCCGAGCCCUUAUCUUUCAUAUAAAAUUGUGGUCUAUAGUAAAGGUCUGCUGCGCUUAAUAAUGAAGAGAAACACUCUUCAGAUGUUCUUCAGUUGCUAUUCUUUGUUGGAGGCCUCCUUGGGUGAAGCACAGCUGCAGUAGCAUUUUCAUGUACCUUAAAAAAGUUUAGAAUCUUGAUACUUGCAAAUUGGGUAGCUUAUUGUGGGACUAUCUCAAUCAUAAAAAAAACUUCAAAAAACAGAGAUGUUCUUUUACACUAAUUGAUGUAAUCAGCUUCCACGUCAA